AAUUGUAAAUGUUAUAUUCAUCCCCACGAACCCUCUUUCUUCAUCUUCUUCCUCGAGAAAUUCUUCUCCAAAUCCCUAAUUUUAUUUUCGCUGAUCUUGAUAAUCUAACUUGAAUCAAUUCCAACUAAUUGUGGAAUUUUAAGUGUUGAUGGACUGUUGUGCUUCAUACAAAAGAAUCACCCCAAUUCCUGAAGCUUUACCCAAUGUGGUGAAGUCUGAUAAGGGAAGAGCAGAUCUUAAGGUUUUUGCUAAGAUUGGAUUCUUCUCUGAUUCUGAUUCUUCUUCUUCUUCUUCUUCUUCUUUCAAAUCAACUCAGGGUGCCCUAAAGAUCUGUGGAGCUCAAAGAAGGACAAUUGAAAGUAGUUUCAAAAGGAAAAUCCCAAAAUUUGUUACCUCUGCAUAUGCAAGAGGAACAGAUUCUAGUCCUUGUGAUUUCACUGGUGUUGGUGGUACUACCCCUCUUGAACCAAGAUCAGCAGCUGGAAAAUUCUUAAGUGGUAUAUUACUGAACCAACGACACCUGUUCCCGUUCGCGGUAGCUGAGCAACUCGAUGAGUUGGUUACCGAAAGAGAUGGUGCAGUUGCACGCAAGGACCAGAGCUUGGGUUCUGAGGAAUCUGAUCUUCACAGGAGGAUUGCUGAAAUGAAGGAAGACAAGUGCCAAACUGCGGUUGAAGAUGUCAUGUACAUGUCAAUUGUUCAGAAAUUCUUCGAACUAAAAGUUCCAAUGGUUCCAAAGAUCUCCAGCUUCAUUGAUAAUGGAAGACUACAGAUAUGGCCAUCACAACAGUGUGAGCUUGAAUCGAUUCACAGCUUAGAAGUUCAGAAUAUGAUAAAGGAGCAUCUUACUACAAUUCUAGGUUGGAGAUGGAAAUCAAAUACGACAGGUAAUAGGAUCACGUAUCAGACCAGUAGGCUUCAACUUGGCCGUCUUUACGCCAGUUCCAUCAUGUAUGGUUACUUUCUGAAGUCUGCGUGUCUGAGACACCAAUUAGAAUCAAGUCUAGCUUUGACAUACGAAGACUUUCCUUCAAUUGGGUUGUCAGAGUUCUUCCCAGCAGAAGCAAAUAGCGCUGCUGUUCACGGCCAAUCUACAGACAGACGCUCGACUUCGUCCUGUCAACAACCACGGAGUGUAGAAACAAAUACUACCUUGAGGAAUUACGUUAUGGGGUUUGAUUCAGAGACUCUGCAGAGAUGUGCGAAGUUGAAAUCCCAGGAGGCCGUUAAUCUGAUUGAGAAGCAUACAUGGGCAUUAUUUGGGAACGAGCAGGGGGAAGACACUGAGAAUGACGAUGCGAUUGUUGUACCAAAUUCGAGCAUGAAGAGAUUAGUUUUGGAGGCUACUGCUUUUGGUUCUUUCCUUUGGGAUGUUGAAGAAUAUGUAAAUUCUGUGUACAGAUUGAAGGAUAAUUGAUUUUAGGAAGAAUUUUUUAGUUCCAGAAUCUGUUGUUAGAAAAAUCUCCUUUAAAAAAAAUAUCAAAGGAAAUGUAUAUUAGUAAUAUGAAUGAAAUAUUUAGUUAGAAA